AUGGCGCUCAUCAAUAUCCAGCCGCAAGUCAAGAAACGGUUGAUGAUGAAAAGGCAGGAAAACGGCGCACCUCACAUCCCCAACGAAGCGCUGUAUUCCCUUUUACAACGUCCUGAUGAAAAAGAACCGCCUCAUGUCGACCCAUCUUCGCCCCAGCAACUCGAACGCAUUAUUGACGUGUACUGCCUCAUGACCAGUUUUAUGACAAUCUAUCUCCUCUUUAUCGAGAUACUGCUGCAAGAUCUUAUGGAUGGUCAUGCCCACACAUUUGAAGGUUACAUGCAACUCUUUUCCGUGCAAGACGAUGUGUUUUACCACCAAGACGAUAUGUUUAUCUGGUACUACUUGUACGCACGAAAGGAGACAUCCAUCCUCCAUGAUAUUCGUACCAGCAUUCGUAAAACCGGGAUUCAGUUUCGGUCGCUGACGCUUGUCGACACCAUCUUUUCCCGCUUUUAUACCCAUCAUUUUCUGGAAUUGGCCGCUCAGAAACAUCAAAAAGACCAUGGCCAGUUUUAUACGCCGCAAAGUGUCGUCCAAUUCAUGUGGAAUCGGUGCCUCGAUAAGCAGCAAUUGAUGCAAAGUGCAAGUGCUGGUCACGUGCCACGGGUCUUUGAUCCAUGCAUGGGCAUCGGCUCCUUCCUGUGCGAAUUUCUUGCACGACAGGUCGAAAGCUGCAGCGUGAUCUGGAAUCAUGCCGAUGUAUUGCUACGCUUACUGACCACUGUGAUACCCCAGCAUGUUUGGGCAGUAGAAAUCGAUCCGUUUGCUCAUCAUCUCGGUAAACUGAACGUCAUGGUCCAUCUCUUUCCAUUCUACCGACGUCUCAUUGAACUCAAGACACCUCUUACUCAGCGCAUGAUUGAUCGAUUACGUCUUUUUCGCAACGAUACCUUGAAACUCGAUACCACACUUCCAAAUAUGGAUGCCUGGGAACAGCAUCAGCUCCACCGUUUACGCGACGCGACCGAAUUGAAGUUCGAUUACAUCGUAACCAAUCCUCCCUACAUGAUUCGCAAGACAGGCUUUAUCACCGUCCCUGACGCCGCCUUGUACGAUGAACGUGUGUUGGGUGGACGAGGCACACAAGCCUACCUGUAUUUCAUGUGGAUUUGUCUUCAACGGAUCGACGAUCACCAUGGUCAGUUAUGUCUGAUUACGCCCAGUCAAUGGAUGGUACUAGAAUUUGCUGAACAUCUCAGGCUUUGGAUCUGGAAGCAUUGUAAACUCUUGGAAGUUUUCCAGUUCGAGCCAUACAAAGUGUGGCGCAAAGUGCAGACCGACUCGCUCAUCUUUUUACUCUGCAAACGAUCGUUUAUACCACGACAAGGACACACCAAUACGCACGCAACAUUAUUCUUGCGUCACUUAUCGCGUCGAAUAGGGUUGGAAGCCAUCUUGCACUCGUAUGAAGCAUUUGAUCGUCUCAUUCCUUACACCCAGGACCCAUCGAUCGCCUCCAAGAUUGUACCGACGGAUCCACUCGAUCGGAUUCAUGAGUCACCCCACGCUUCGUUUGCUUUUUUGUAUCCAUCCACUUCCGUUUCCGAUCAACUGAUGAAGUCCACAGCUCACUUUCCGCGUCUCUGCGAUGGCGAAUCACGACUUUCCGAUGUAGCUUCUACCCACAUCCCGCUUAUCUGGAACCGUGGUCCCAAUACCAACCCUGUCUAUGCACUCGUUGUUCGAACAAGCUGGGCUAUUCGAACUUUUGGUCAGGCUUGCUGCGAUCGUUGGUUACGACCCGUCUUUUACUGGAAUGGCAAAUCGUCAGCAAGGACGGGAAAAGAAACAUCCGUGAGCAAAGAAGUGGCGUUUUGGCAUAACCGUGACUCGGGUCGUCUCACAAAAAAGGAGAAUUCGCCUGCAGAAGCGUACGCUCCCUUUUGUCGCAAGGAUCCAGAAGCGGGCGAUUCUUUUUUCUCCUUCUACUCAUUGAUCCUCGUGGAUAAAGAAGGAGCCGAAGAACUGGAAACCGAUCAGCGGACCUUGGGUGAAAAGGCCACAACCUGUGCUUUGUAUCACUAUCUGAAGGAAGCACGUCAAGCCCUUCAGCCGACGAAAAACGACCGUACGCUAGCUUGGUGCCAUUACAACAAAUGCGGCCUUCAGAUUCCGGUCAAAAUCGUCCACCCCAUCAAUUUUGGCUACUUCAGUCGAACUCAACCGCGACAGCGAUUCUUUGUCGACCGCACCUCCCAAUGUGUCACCAACCAAUGCAUCUAUUUCACGAUCAAGCCCGACAGUCCGUGGCAAUCGGCUGAUUAUUUUGCGGCCUACUGA